UAUUGCAUUUUGCCGCAGGCAGUUCCGCAGCGCAGAGUUUCAACAUAACUCAACAACAAAGUAUUUUGUUUGUCCUGACUUACGUAGUAAAUGUUUUAACACAAUAGCGGAUACUUGUGUGGAUUUUGUAUGACUUUUGGACGUGCUAAGACGACUCUAGCUGGUUCCGAUCGUAUUUUGACUAAGGGAGGCGGCGGAGAGCUUGGCAGCCAUCUUUGGAUCAACCUGGGAGUGGGACUCGACAACUCUCGCUCCCACUUACUUCAGGGUGGGGAUUUUAGUCCGUAACAUUCAAGGAAAUAUCUAUGCUUAAGUCGAUUGACAGUCCCGGAGACCCUACGUUUUUGGCACAUCCACAUCUCUACAUUGGGAAUAAAAAAGGAGGAUUACUGCCAUAAUCUCCAAGUGUUGUGAAUUACACGACAUUGUCCACAGCGCAGAAGCCUGGCCUGUCAGAAAUCUGAACAUAUGAGACCAUUGUCCUGCAGAUGAGCCAUCAGAGGGGGCAUUUAAGUCGCUGUCGCAGACCCAGAUAGUUCCUGGCGACAGCGGCGUUGCCCCCAAUUUUCCAAUUAUGCCCAAUAGUAGUCGGGCGGGGAGUCUGAAGGACCCCGAAAUCGCAGACCUCUUCUUUAAAGAGGACCCAGAAAAGCUUUUUGCUGAUCUGCGUGAGAUUGGCCAUGGCAGCUUUGGUGCCGUAUACUUUGCACGUGAUGUGCGGACAAACGAUGUGGUUGCUAUCAAAAAGAUGUCCUAUAGUGGGAAGCAGCCAAUGGAGAAAUGGCAAGAUAUCAUUAAGGAGGUGAAAUUUCUUCAGAAAAUACAACAUCCAAACAGUAUAGAAUAUAAAGGAUGUUAUCUUCGGGAGCACACUGCCUGGCUUGUGAUGGAGUAUUGUCUAGGCUCUGCAUCAGAC